GCAGGAAAAGGAGGAAGAGAGAAAGGAGGACCAGAGUCCCAGCAGCAGACCAUGGCAACAGCGACAGCAGUAGAGCUGCUUGAGAUUGAGAAGAACCGGCUUGAAAAUGCAGUGAAGCAUUUGCUCAGGUCCAACGAAGAGCUUGCAGAAGCUCUCCAGAGUUCCCCAGACCCUGACUUUGAGCAGGCAAUUGACGAGAAUAGAAAGGUGGUAGAUGAAAUGAGAGAGAAGAUCGCAAGGCUGGAAGAGGAGCUGCACGAUUUGCGUGGUCCUCAUCAAGUUCCUGCAUCAGCUGAUGAACUCGUGAGGCAUGAUGCGCAGGCAAGAACGCAGCAAGAUGGAAAUCAGAGAGAAGAACCAUUUCGAGCAAGGCAAAGAAUUCCCGCAGGUGGCGAGCAUCCCAUGGGAAAUGGAAAUGGGGCUGUCAGUAUGGAGACUGAUUCUGGGCCGACUGCUGAUUCGAUACAUAGGGAAGAAGACCAUUGGAUGUGAGAGCCAUAGCUGCUUUGGCAAUG